AUGGCUUUCGCAAAUGACUAUGAAAUCAGCUGCGACCUGUACUCCGAGACCUACGACACAAUCCUCUCAGGGUUCAUUGAUGCACACAGUAUUGGGGACCCGUCAGGCACGUGGCUGAACACAACUGCAUUCCUCCUUCACUCAGCUAAACAAGAAUAUUUGACCUUCUUGGACAAUCUCGUGCUCCACCUCUCCCGAGAACUCGGGGCUGACCUUGUAACACUAGAUGUACAAGAUCUCGAUGACCUGUGCCAACAUUUCUGUCCAGAAGAGCAUCCAGAGCCCGAAAAGCAUACCGACUAUCCACAUCAAUUCAUAGAGUGGUAUUUCAAGGAUGAUGAAGACAGGAAUAGAUCGUCGAAACCUUCCAUGGAAGACAUCGUCAAUGCUAUAAUUAGUGCCGCCGAAAUGAAAACCACUCGCGGUCAUUCCCAGUCAUCAUCUAAAGCGCCUCGACUCAUCGUACAUCUAACGAACCUCGAGAAACUAGGGCAACGUCUCAGCCAAUCCCCUUCUUUUUGGAGACACUUGCACGAAGUUAUAGAGCAACGGCGGAGCGAAAACAAGGCAACCGUCGUGAUAGCCACCAGAGUCCCUGCCGUACCGAGGCACACAAUCAAAGAACUGGAUUUCAUGGAUACUGUGCUGGAUAGCCUCUACUUGAGGGGUGAAAGCACUAUUCCUUUAGUUCCCAAGGCAACUGAAAAGGCGAGGGUCGCUUCCGAACGAGAUAGGAACGCGCAUGUUUGGACCAGCAAGUCGAGGGAAUUACGUCGAGCUUUAAGGUGGACCCUUAGGCACAAGCUCGACAGCGACAAACUAUUGCCACACGCCAUGUGGGAGCUACCUGACUCAGAAGACAUAAAAAUUGACGCUCAAAAAUGGUCAAAUACGACUAUCGGAAGACUUACGAGGCAGAUUUGUGCCCGUAUCAGCUCUUUGUCCGGGAUCGAGAUGGACUACGUUUUUGAGAUUAUCGCCCGACAUGCCAGGAAUCAAACAACGCUCACGAAAUAUGCCUCUGCUUGGCAAAAUAAUAAAUUCGAGGACAUCUCUACUGCAAAUUUGGAUCAGAGCGACGACGAUAGGUGGAGCGAGGGAGGUGAGGGCUCCGGAGAUGAGAGUGAGGAAAGCACAGAGGAGGAACAUCUCACCACCGGUUCUGAGAGUCUCUGGAUCGAUCAAGAGCUCAAAGAGAGUCUACAUCAGCUCCUAUCGCUGCGCGGUAGUAGGAGGACUUAUGGUCUCCUGGCGAAGGCGUCUAUCUCUGGGGCAAUAAUUUACGGCCCACCCGGAACAGGAAAAACCCACUUUGCCAGAACCAUAGCAAAAGAAUCCGCAUCCAAUUUUAUUGCGGUUACUCCAGCAGAUCUGGAGAGUUCAGCUAUUGGCGAGACCGAAAAACAAAUACAGGCCGUCUUUGCUCUGGCUCGUAAGCUUGAUCCAUGUGUGAUCUUCUUGGAUGAAGGAGAUUCACUUCUCCGCCGGCGACAAUCGAAUGAUCGGCAUUGGGUGCGCAGCCAAAUGGCCCAAUUCCUUACAGAGAUCGAUGGGCUGCAACAAAGAGGGGGGAACCCAUUUCUCCUGGUUGCAACGAACCGACCCGGCGACCUAGAUGAUGCAAUCUGCAGGCGGCUGCCUCACACUGUCCACGUCGGCCUUCCAGAUGAAGAAGGCAGGAAGGCCAUUCUGGAUAUAUAUCUUAAGGAGGAACAGGUUGCUGAAGACGUCGACGUUACUACCCUAGCGGCUAUCCACACAAAGGGUUUUUCUGGUGCCGACCUGCGCUCGCUUUGCAUCCAGGCUGCAAUGAUCGCCCAAGCCGAGGUGGAUAAGAAUCAAACGCCGUCGACUGAAGAGGAAGUAUGCGAGGAGCCUAGGAAGAUAAUACUGACAGAAGGACACAUUCACAAGGCCUUACAGAGAACAAGACCAUCGGUUACACCAAAAAUGCUGAAAGCGCUUCAAAAAUUUAGGAAUCGGCGGGGGGAUUGA